UUCUUGGUAUUUCAGGGUUUGUGUUUUAGAAGAAAUGGGGAAGUGAGAAGUUAAGCGACAUAGCCCCCUCUUCCCUACGCACCGUGCCGGUCCUCUUUUCCUCUCCUUCCCCCCUCCCUCUCUCUACAUAUCCCCCCUGUCUGGUCUUAGCGCAAAGCUGUGGGGAUGUGUGCAGAUGGAGGCAGAUGGUACAUUAUAGUUAGUGUACUAGGGACUGAGGGUGAAGGAAGGAGUUCUGUGUCUGUCUGGAGUCGACUGGGCUGAGAGAGGAGAGGGCUACCUGGUCAUGGGAUGCUGUAGUGUGACUCAGAGAGGAACACAUUCUGGGAUUGACGAGGUGGGCCCUGACGAGAUCGAGCUCCUGGAGAUUGACAACUCAGGGAUAUGGAAUCUAGGAGAGAGCAGGCUUCAGCGCUCUUUGAGGAAUGGAAAAGACAGUCCACCCUCUCGCUACCCUUCAGUGAGACACCUCAACCAGGAGGUUGUGCUAUGGGGCAGGAGCAGAGAGGAGCUACACCACAGAAUCUACAACCAGCCCAUCCGUGACUGGGAGGGCCAGAGUGCACACAUGUAUGGAGAGAUAGUGCACUCCUCCCUGGUGUUUCUCCACAACAGCUACACACAGGAGACACGUGAACACUAUCUGGUGCUGUUCUCCUUCCACUUGUUGAUCCUAUCUCUGGACCACUCUCUCCAUGAAUUUAUCUACGAGGGCAUGCUGCCUCUCUCUGGACUGUCUUUCCAAGCCACCUCACUGGACUCCAACAAACAAACCAUGUUCCAGAUCAGUGGUCCAAUGGUGGACUCCAAAGUAUUCACCUGUGCCAGUGCAGCAGAGAUGAACAAAUGGAUGCACCACAUGGAGGAGAGGAGAUACAAAUCCAUGAGCCAACCGCUAAGCCCCUCCCACUGUGUACUGUCUUACCUGGUACCCUGCGAUGAGAGCUGGAAGAAAGAGGAACUGAAAACGUAUUUACUGCAAGCCCCAAUACAGCAGUGGGAAGGGGCCCCCAUCCAGCACAUGGGCCAGCCAGUAUACAUAUCCAUGGUCCACAUCAUCAACACACAGAGACAGGGUCUCCAUCAGCAACUUCUGGUACUCUUCCCUCAAGAUGUCCUCCUGCUCUCUGUGGAUAACAAGAGCCUCAGUGUCAUAUAUGAGGGUAGAUUGCCUCGGAAAAGCAUCACAGCCGUGGAGAGGUCUGCAUUACCUGGGAGGCUGGAGUUGGAGUUAACAGGUGAACUGAUGGAGCCGCUGCAGGUAUCCUGCACCUGUCCUGAAGACUAUCAGAACUGGAUCUUCCAGCUACAACAGCCGGAAAAUAAACUUCAAGCUACCUCAAACCACCCGGCUCCACCCCUCAUGCCAAAAAAACAAAGGAGCAGAAAGGAGUCCCAGGAACCAAUUAUAAUUGCACAUCAAUGAGACUAACUGACCAAUUGCCUCACAAAAUAGAAGACACAUGCCUCUUUUCAUCAUUAGACACUGCAUUUGUGGAUAGCAUGUAUACAGUGCCUUCAGAAAGUAUUCAUACCCCUUGACUUAUUGCACAUUUUGUUGUG